CAAUAAUAGUAAAUGAAUCAUGAUGAUAAUAAUAACUUCUCUUGCUUCAUGAAACGCUCUCCGUCUCCACGAGGCGCUUGACGGUCCAAGUGUCCUGCUUUCUUGACGGUUUUCAUUUCGCAUCCUCCCUUUUGGCAGUUAGUUAUCAGCCACCUGUGCGUUCCCUACAACGGCCGUGGUGGCCGCCCUGUUCUCUGGUCUCUUGUCUCUUGUCUCUUGUCUCUUGGUCUCUCCUCCUUCCGUCCUCCGUCGAUACCCCAGACAUCCUCAAGAAACCACCUCCCGGCUUGAGACGACAAGAUGGCUGCCCUGGGUGAGGACUUGCUCGUUACCGUCAACAAGUUGCAAGACCUCGUCUUCAACACUAUCGGCAAUGAUUCUUUAGACCUGCCGCAGAUUGUGGUGGUAGGUUCACAAUCCUCCGGAAAAUCCUCGGUGCUCGAGAAUAUCGUUGGGAGAGACUUCCUUCCGAGGGGUAGCGGCAUCGUGACCAGAAGACCCUUGAUCCUGCAGCUUAUCAACAUCCCCAGCGAUCGCGAUGAUCAACUGGACGGCGAUGAAGUCCAUGUGCCUCACACGGCCGCCAGUGUCGCAGGCCAUGGAGAGUGGGCAGAGUUCCAUCAUCAGCCCGGACGCAAGUUCGAAGACUUCGCCCAGGUCAAGCAGGAGAUCGAGGCGGAAACUGCGCGCAUAGCAGGUAACAACAAGGGUAUCAAUCGACAACCGAUCAACCUGAAGAUCUUCUCGCCGCACGUCCUGAAUCUGACGCUGGUCGAUCUUCCGGGUCUGACCAAGGUGCCAAUCGGCGACCAGCCAUCCGACAUCGAGAAGCAGACUCGCACCCUGAUCUCCGAGUAUAUCGCCAAGCCUAACAGCAUCAUCCUCGCGGUGUCACCGGCCAAUGUCGACUUGGUCAACUCAGAGGCUUUGAAGCUGGCGCGCCACGUAGAUCCCAUGGGUCGGAGGACAAUCGGUGUGUUGACGAAACUGGAUCUGAUGGAUCACGGCACGAAUGCGAUGGACAUUCUGUCUGGUCGCGUCUAUCCCCUGAAGCUGGGAUUCAUCGGCGUCGUCAACCGUUCCCAGCAGGAUAUCCAGAGUGGAAAGUCGUUGUCCGAAGCCCUGAAGGCGGAAGCGGAAUUCUUCAGACACCACCCGGCCUACCGGAAUAUGGCCAACCGUUGCGGUACGCAUUUCCUGGCAAAGACCCUGAACACGACCUUGAUGGGCCAUAUCCGGGAGAGACUGCCGGACAUCAAGGCACGGCUCAAUACCUUGAUGGGCCAGACCCAGCAAGAGCUCGCUAGCUACGGCAACAAGCAGUUCAGCGGCAAGGAGCACCGCGGCUCGCUCAUCCUACAGCUGAUGACUCGAUUUGCUUCUUCAUUCAUUUCGUCCAUCGACGGAACCUCUUCGGAAAUCUCAACGAAGGAGCUCUGCGGUGGUGCACGCAUCUACUAUAUAUUCAAUUCGGUCUUCGGCAACUCGUUGGAGACGAUCGACCCGACUCAGAACCUCUCCGUCUCCGAUAUCCGGACCGCCAUUCGAAACUCAACCGGUCCCAGACCUAGUCUGUUCGUUCCCGAACUUGCCUUUGACCUGCUGGUGAAGCCCCAGAUUAAAUUGCUGGAAGUGCCCAGUCAGCGAUGUGUCGAACUCGUCUACGAGGAACUCAUCAAGAUAUGCCAUACUUGCGGUUCCCAAGAACUGUCACGGUUCCCGCGUCUGCAGGCCAAGCUGAUCGAGGUUGUGUCGGAUCUACUGCGCGAACGUCUGGGACCCUGCUCCAGCUACGUCGAAUCCCUCAUCGCGAUCCAGCGAGCAUACAUCAACACGAAUCACCCCAACUUCCUCGGUGCUGCAGCGGCCAUGUCGUCCGUGAUCCAGAACAAGCAGGAGCAGGAGAAGAAGGCACUGUUGGCGGAAGAGAAGAGGCGGCGCGAGAAGCGGAGGCUGAAGGAACUGGCUGCGGCCAAUGGAACCGGUGAAGAGGAUGAACAGGCUGACACGAAGGCCAUCCCGAUCAGGGGCCAGUCCAAGGGCCGAAGCAUGUCACCGCACGUGGAGAAUGGUGUCGCAUCGACAAACGGAGCGUCACCACCACGAUUCGGCUCGGGCAACGCAGCCCGCGACUCGUUCCUGAACUAUUUCUUCGGCAAGGAAGGCCUGCCUAGCGCCGGGCCUCUGCCUCAACCGUCUGCGGCGCAAAGCAAGCCUUUCAGCCAUACCAACGAGCCCAGCAUCAGCCAGAGCCUUCGUCGAGGAGAGCCGAGGUCGCCUGUUGCCGUUCAGGAUGACUACACCGGACUCUCCGAGUAUGGAGGCGAGACACCUCAAUUCCCUCAGGAUAAUGCCGAACCGACUCUUACCGACCGUGAAGUGAUGGAGACGGAGUUGAUCCGACGUCUGAUCUCCUCGUACUUUAACAUCGUCCGGGAAACCAUCGCGGACCAGGUUCCCAAGGCGGUUAUGCACCUCCUGGUCAACCACAGCAAGGAUGUCGUGCAGAACCGACUAGUGAGCGAGCUGUACAAGGAGGAUCUCUUCGGCGAUCUCCUGUACGAAGACGACGGCAUCAAAGCGGAGCGCGAGAAGUGCGAACGACUUCUGGAGACCUACAAGGAAGCCGCCAAGAUCGUGGGCGAAGUGCUAUAAGCAUCUUUUCUUUUUGUAUGAACCGAUCCGAGAGACGAAUGUCGACUUUGUCGUUCUCUUUUUUUUGGAAGCCAGAAAGGGGGAACCCCUUUCGAGCCAUGUGAUGAUCGAUAAAAGAGAAAUCAAAUCCUACUAAAAGACUGGAUGGGAGAAAAACGAAAGAUAUCAGGCUGCCGUUCUUGCCCUCUUUUUUCUUUCGUUUUCUCCUCUUCAUUCGUGUAAAGAAAGGAACGAAUCACGCUUCGCAUGUCCUAUCCUGUCCUAUCUGUCUGUCUGUCUUAUGCUGUAACACUAGUUCGAAUUUCGCGUCGAAUGUUUGAAUAAUCGAUUCCUAACGUUCUCCUUUGUACGCUAAAUAAAGUCAGUCAUAUGCCUCCCCUAUCCCCAUCCCCUUCUCUCUUUAUGUAUGCAUCCGUGGUGUUAUAAAUAUAAAUAUAAAUAAAUAAAUACAUAUUACUCUAUAUCCG